AUGGAUACAUCAGAUUCUGAGUUUAACUAUUCAUCAAAUGUUUAUUGUAUCACUCUAAAAGAAUCGUUUUUGGUCUAUGGAGAAACUACUACUUCAUCUUCCGAAGAAUCUUUAAGUCAACAAUGUAAAGAUGAUAUUAUCCAACUAUCACAAUUUAGCUAUAGUAGCUAUAUGGAUUCUGUUCAAAAUGGAAUCAAUACUACACUUCCAUACGCACUUGGAUUGUGUCUCCCGAGAAGUUGCAAUACCACUCAGGAUAUUCAAUCGGCAUUGAAUACAUUCAUGUUGACUGCAUCCGUAAUAGCACCACCAGGUGUCAGAACAACUACACAUUGCUAUGCCUACGGAUCAUCCAGAAACAAUGAAAAGUGGACAGCCGGUCCUAUAAUAGUGCUUUGUGUCUGUGUACUCAUUGCAAUCAUGGUGUUGGUUGGAACUGCACUGGAACUCUAUAGAAAUGAAAAAUACAGAGCAUUGGGCGAAUCUACAUCUAAAGAAUCUAAACCACCAUUACAACAACAACCAAAGGAUAAUAGUUAUUGUGCAAAGAUAUUCCUAUCAUUCUCAUUGGUGAGAAACUACCGGUCAUUUAUGAACGUAUCAGAGUACAGAAAGUUUGGUGCUCUCGAUGGUAUUCGUUCGAUUGGCGCCAUCUGGAUUGUUAUUGCUCACACUUUCAGCUCGAUGCUAUACAGCGGCGUAGAUAAUUCCUCCUAUAUUUUCAAGAGGGAAACAAAGAAAUUCUCAUUCCAAGCUAUUGUGGCCGAUCACCAUUGUUCUGGCUCAUGGUUUUGGUUCAUCGAUUACUCAGAAUAUCGCCAAUCUACUACUUUUUAA